AUGAACUGUUUGUUAUUAUAUGAAUUAGUUGAUAUUCAAGAAAAACUUCAACGAGAUUUAAAUGCAAGUCUAGAAUCUCAACGACGUUUAAAUGAAAAAAUUCAAGGUCUUGAACGAAAAAAUGAUAAACUUCAAACAACAGUUCAUGAACUUGGAGAAACUAUAAUCAUAAAUGAUCGUAAUUAUCAAAUAAAACUAACUUCAGCAGAUGAUGAAAAUCAACGAUUAAAAUUAACACAUAAAGAAGAUUUAAAAGAUCAGGAAUUAAGAACAAAUAGAGAUAUUUCAGUUCAAUACAUUUUUUAA